GAUGAAUCAAACCCUUCACUUUGCAGGUGAUGUCUCUGUUUAGAAAGUACUAGGAGAGAAACGGCAAAAGGUCUGAUUGCUGGUGACGGAUUGGAAAACUUUGUGGGAAAACAUGUCUAAUGAGAUUGAUUUCAGAUCUGUGCGCCUUCUGAAGAAUGACGGGGUGGGUUUUCAGAAAUACUCCUACGUGAGCGAAGAGGAUGCUUGGAAGCACUACCUGGAGAAUCCCUUGACGGCAGCCACCAAGGCUAUGAUGAGAGUAAAUGGAGAUGACGACGGCGUGGCUGCCCUGAGUCUUCUCUAUGACUAUUAUAUGACGCCAAAGGAAAAGAAGAUGUUUCCAUCAGGAACUACUGGACGCAAUGAAAUUGGGAAGAGGCAUUGCCACGGGAUGGAGUACGAACCAGAGAUUUCAUCCUUUGAAAGUUCUGCUCAUCUUAUGAAGCUCCUGGCCGAAAAUGUCUCCAUGAACCAGGAAUAUCCUGACCUUCCCAAGAAGAAUGGCUUGGGCUUGGACGGCAUUCCCCCUCCUCAUAAGCCACCAGCGUUGCCCCCUGGCCCAAGCAAGCUGGAGAGCAGUCCAGACAACUACCUGAUAAAUUCCGGGGAUGUCUAUGACAACGGCUCGCUCAAUUCCCUCUUUGACACAAUCCACGUGGCCCCUCCGCAGCAGAGAUGGCAGCCGGAUAGCACCUACAAAGAGGACCCUCAGGAGUCUGUGAUCUUCACUGAUAUUCUCAAAUCCCAGACUGAAGCACCAUGCUCUGAGGCUUAUUCCACUGAAGAUACCAAAAGUGACUUUGAAUAUACACUGGGAUCCCCCAAAGCAAUUCACAUCAAAUCUGGUGACUCACCCAUGGCCUACCUCAACAAAGGACAGUUCUACCCAGUCACCCUAAGGACUGUUGGAGACGCCAAAUGUUUACACUUGAGUUCCAAUAAAGUUAAGAGUGUUGUGAUGGUCGUUUUUGACAAUGAAAAAAUCCCAAUGGAGCAGCUCAAGUUUUGGAAGCACUGGCAUUCGCGCCAACCAACAGCCAAACAGAGAGUCAUCGAUGUUGCUGACUGUAAAGAGAAUUUCAAUACCGUGGAACAUAUCGAGGAAGUAGCUUACAACGCCUUGUCCUUUGUCUGGAACAUUCAUGAGGAAGCAAAGGUGUUUAUUGGGGUGAACUGCCUGAGCACAGAUUUCUCCUCCCAGAAAGGUGUGAAGGGUGUCCCUUUGAAUCUCCAAAUAGACACUUAUGACUACAGUACUGGGACAAACCGGCUGGUUCAUCGAGCUGUCUGCCAGAUCAAAAUAUUCUGUGAUAAGGGAGCAGAGAGAAAAAUGCGGGACGAUGAACGCAAACAGUUCAGGAGGAAGGGAAAAUGCCUGGAUGCGAAUAAUAAUGGUCUGAAAAGCUGUUUGGUUUCAGGCUUCCGAGGCAACGAAAUUACAUACCUCAAACCUCAGGCGGAUUUGGAAACGCAGCCUGUCUUGUUCAUCCCAAAUGUUCAUUUUCCAAACCUCCAGAGAUGUGGAACACAGGCAUUACCUACCACUGGUGUUCCUCAAGACCCUAACAGGUUACCCUUGAAGCGGGGCUGCCCUCCAUUCACAGACGAAUGCGAUCCUUUAGCUUCGAAACGAGCGAAGGAAGAAGAUCCUCAGCGAGUUUUACUUUAUGUGCGGAGGGAAUCGGAAGAGGUUUUCGAUGCUCUCAUGCUGAAGACGCCAGACCUGAAAGGCCUGAGGAAUGCUAUUUCAGAAAAAUAUGGCUUGCCUGAAGAGAGCAUCUACAAAGUGUACAAGAAAUGCAAACGAGGAAUCCUGGUGAAUAUGGACAACAACAUCAUCCAGCACUAUAGCAACCACAUGGCCUUUUUACUGGAUGUGGUGGAGGCUGAAGACAAGUUCCAAGUGACCCUCAAGGAGCUCUAAGGACUCGAAGGACUGUGUGGCUGCUGGAAUGUCAUAAGGUUGAGGAGUUCAACACCCCCAGCCCAGCCUGAACCAUCAACUCUGGAUGUUGGACUUGAACACAUCCCACUGGAGGGAGAGAGGAAGAAACUCAGUUGCAGGGCUCAGGUUGCCAAAAGACCCUGCUUGCAUCAUCCAUGCUCAAUGUGAAUGUGGAACAUCUCUCUGUUGAGUUGUUGCUGAUAUUUUAUACCUUGUUAUUAAUUAUUAUUAAUAUUAUUAUUAUUAUUAUUAAUACACAUCUCUUCCAGGCCUUGAAUUCAGACCUCUUUCACAGGUUCAUGCUCAGGAAAUCAAGACGUGGUUUCAGAUGGUUGCCGAGGCAGGUGUGGGAUAUGACGACGGGAAAAGACACACCUACCAGUUGUGCCAAACCAUCAAAUUGGAUCCAAAGAGACUAUCAUGACUGCAUUUGAACAUUGCCAAAGGCAUACACCUGCAUGUACACACACAUGUACACACACACACACACACACACACACACAGUAUCUCACUGCCUUAUUCCUUGCCUUUCCAACUCUGGAUGUAAAUAGUCCCCAAGAGAAGUGCCUGAUAAAAGUGAUUGUUUUAUACAUUUCCAAUGUCCUUUUGGUAUUUUAUAAAUAUAAAUAUAUAUAUAAAGGUAUGUGUGUCUGUGUAUAAAUAUACUUUGUUUUAUAUUGAACACCAAAUGGAGGAAGGUAGAGCAUUUCAAAACCAGGCUGCUUCACAUUUCCCCAGUGAAUUUGUUUGAUCAUGGGUUGUUGUCUCUGUUUUGUUCAUUUUUGUAACUAUUUUUGCAUAGUCUGUGGUAAUAAAGAUUCAGAGACGUAAAAAAAA